CAGAAAACUGAAACUGAAUAUUUACAGGUGUGUGCCAUGGAGAAAUCGUGUCGCCCCAAGCGCAAUCGUCGCCACAGCAGACGUGCCUGGCCACCGGAGGAUGAUCUGCAACUGGCUCGGGCUACGAAGCGGCUGUUUACGCCGGAUAUUAAGCGCAUGCUCAAGGAUUGGCUGAUACGGCGCCGCGACAAUCCGUAUCCCAGCAGAGAGGAGAAGAAACUACUGGCCGGAGAGACGGGACUGACGUAUACACAGAUCUGUAAUUGGUUUGCCAACUGGCGGCGCAAGCUAAAAAACUCGGAACGCGAAAAGGCAAAGAAGUCAUGGGGCCAUUUAAUCAAGAACUACAAUCACAACGCUCGCGGCAAUGUGGAGCAGUUUAGCAUCUCGUCCGAGGACAGCAUUUGGGAGGAGGACAUGCGUGGUCCAUGCGCAGCCCACAAUGAUGAUGAUGAUGAUGCUGACGAUGAUGACGAUGCCGAGGAUGAAGAUGAGCUAUCGAGUCGCAGCACAGGCACUGAUAGCAAUGGCCACAAUGCCUCCUCCUCCUGCUCCGCACCAUACAAGCCCAACUUCUACGUUGAAUGCACGGCGCAGCCAGAUCGCAAUAAGAGCUGCCGUGUGCCCAUGUUGCCCACGGUGCCGGUGGGCAAGGCCAAGUACAAACAGCAGAUGAUGGAGAAAUACCUGCGCGACAGCAAUGCCCUGGAUGAUGACAGCAUGACGACAACAGGUGCCACUGAUAACAAUGGCACUCAGCUGAACAAGUGGCUGGAGAGCGCAGCCAGAUUUACGCCGGACAGGCACAACUAUCACAUCGAGUGGAAUAUGAGCAGGCAAAAGUGCGGUGGCCAGGAGCGACCUAUGGCCUUGCCUAGUCAGUUGCUGUUUACCAGUGAUGCAACAGCUGCGGCACGUGGCGAGCGUUGGCUGCUGCAUCACAAGGACGAACUGGAUGCCGCCGAGGCGCUGGCCAAUUUGGCUUUUAAUUGCAGACAGCGCUGGCAUCAUAUGGCGACCACGAUCAGCUCCUCCUAAGGCCUUGACAUGGACUUGGCCGCUGACGCCAACAUUCCAGGCCGUUUGGAAAAGUGCAAUCUAGUUACAUAUAUACGUAUAGAGCCAGUUUAAGUUUGUAAUUUUAGUAUGAAAGACAAAUUGAAUAUAUUCUAUUUUUUUUUGCUGUUA